AUGCCGUUGGACACAAUUUACCUGACACGCCAUGGGCAUCGGCUCAACUGGACCAUCGAUUUCCGCACGGGAACAUACAGAGCCCAAUUCCCCACGCCGACAGGGAACCCUGCAGAUCCAGCGCUGACCUCGCAUGGUGUGCGCCAGUCGCACGAGCUUGCUGCACAUAUUGCCGAUGCUCAAUUUCAUCCGAAGCCAUUCAGAGUCUAUUCAAGUCCCUUCUACCGCUGUCUGCAGACCAUCCAGCCAACAGUCGAAGAGCUGAAGAGGAUUCACGAGUCUGGAGAAAAUAACGGUAGUCAGGGUGGCCUAGGCUUGAUUGACCGGCAUGUGCAGUUCGAUGUGAGGCUCGAGAAUGGACUUGCGGAAUGGUUCGGCGCAACCAAUUUCUUUGAUCAUCCCUCUCAUCCGACAGUGGAUGAAAUGUCAAAGCACUUUCCCACGCUUCUUUCGGCGGAUAGUCUCAGCCGCGAACCACUGCUUGUUCCAUCUAGGCGGGGUGAGACGAUAGGUCAGCUUCAUGAUCGUGUUGCGACGGCGCUCGAGGGUAUUGUUGCUGAUGUUGAUGCUGAGGUAUCUGCCCUGGAGGAGACAUUGCCUGUAGAGCAAAGGACUAGUAAAGCGGUGUUGAUCUGCGCGCAUGCUGCGCCGCUCAUUGCCAUGGGCCGUGUUCUGACGGGUCGUAUGCCAGACGAUAGCUCGGAGGAGGACUUCAAUGUUUUCACGGCUGGUCUGAGUACGUUCAAGCGUAGGGGUGCGGCGGCCGGUUAUCAGGAGGGCAGUCAGGAAGCUUCUUUGGCCGAGGGGACCAGACUGGUUCGUUCGUUGGGGUCUGUGCCGCGGUGGAGGGGGCGCGGAGUCGGCGGUGGAUGGGACUGUGUUGGGAAUGGCGACUGCAGUUUCCUGAGUGGAGGUGCUGAGCGUGGAUGGCACUUUGACGGCGAGGAGAACUUCCAAUCGGGUCCCAUGGGGCCAUCAUCGGAGGCUCCUGCGACUACGGGCACUACAGCGACUACGGCUACUACGAAGCUGUGA